AUUGAUGACUUUAAAUUUAGAAAGACCAAUUAGUCUUCCUGAAAAAUCAAAAACUUAUAAGAAGAAAUAAAAAUCAACAACCACUACAUUUUUAUUCUUUCCAUUAAUUUCCUUCUUGUAAUAUACAGAUCUCCCAGGAUCAAAUCUCGCCAAAUAUGGCAGCAUUUAACAGAAGCCUUACUUUGGUCACGACCCUUUUGCUUUUGCUACAACUAUGUGCCAUCGUAUCUUGCUCCACAAGCAACUCAAUCACCAGAAACCACACGAUACGAGACGGAGACUCAGUGAUCAGCGAGGACGAAAUCUUCGAGCUUGGAUUCUUCAGCCCCAAAGACUCAACCUUAAGGUAUGUCGGAAUCUGGUAUAAGAACAUCGAACCUCGAACGAUUGUCUGGGUCGCGAAUCGAGAGAAGCCAUUGUUAGAUAACAACGGAGCUCUGAAGAUUGCAGAUGACGGGAACUUGGUGGUCGCUAACGGUCAAAACGACACAAUUUGGUCAACAAACGUUCCGCCCAAGUUAAACAAUACUGUUGCUCUUCUGUUGAAAACAGGGGAUUUGGUUCUGUCUUCAGAUUCAGACAGAAGCAAUUUGUACUGGGAGAGCUUUAACAAUCCAACUGAUACUUUCUUGCCUGGUAUGAGGGUUAGGGUGAAUCCAUCAAGAGGAGAGAAUCGGGCUUUUAUUCCGUGGAAAUCAGAAAAUGAUCCUUCACCAGGAAGAUAUUCACUUGGGAUUGAUCCCAUUGGAGCACUAGAGAUUGUGAUUUGGGAAGGGGAAACGAGGAAAUGGCGAAGCGGACCAUGGGAUUCGGUUAUCUUUACCGGUAUACCGGAUAUGUUCCGUGUCACCAACUAUAUUUACGGGUUUAAGCUCUCUUCUCCCCCCGAAAGAGAUGGUAGCGUGUACUUCACGUAUGUUCCUUCAGAUAGCUCUGACUUAUUAAGGUUUAAGGUUAGGUUUGAUGGUGUAGUAGAGCAGUUCAGAUGGAACAACAGUGCCAAGAACUGGACUUUGCUUCAACUAAAACCUGGCACGACAUGCGAGAUCUAUAAUCGUUGCGGUAAUUACAGCGUAUGUGAUGAUAGUAAAGAUUUUAGUUCCGGUAAAUGUAGUUGCAUUGAUAAGUUUGAGCCGGUGAAUCGGACUCAAUGGGACAACGGCGAUUUCUCGCGUGGUUGCCAAAGAAGAGUUCCAUUAAACUGUGGCCAGAGUAUGCUUGCGAGUCAAGAAGACGGGUUUAUGGUACUUAGGGGAAUGAAGUUGCCUGAUUUUGGAUCAGUUGUUUCGCUUGAAAACUCAGAGGCCUGCAAGGAUGUAUGCGUGAGGAAUUGUUCGUGUAAUGCUUAUGCGUUUGUAAGAGGGAUCGGAUGCAUGACUUGGAACCAAGAUUUGAUCGAUAUGGAGCGUUUUGAGCAUGGUGGAGAAUCUAUCAACGUACGGCUAGCGGAAUCUGAAUUAGGAGGCGGGAAGGAAAAAUGGAAACUUUGGAUCAUUGUUUUCAGUGUUAUAGGUGUCUUCUUGCUCGGAUCAUGCAUUUGGAUCUUGUGGAAGUUCAAGAAAAGAGUUAAAGCUUUCUUGUGGAAGAAGAAAAAACUUUCGGUUUUUGACAUGAGAGAGAACAGAGGUUACUCGGUUAAGUCCUCAAGCUCGCCGAUCCAAGAUUUAGUAGGAGAUCAAGUUGAUACAACCGAUUUGCCAAUUUUCAGUUUCAACAGCGUAGCUUUAGCAACGGGAGAUUUCGCUGAAGAAAACAAGCUUGGACAAGGUGGAUUCGGUACUGUAUAUAAGGCGUGGCAUUUAUGGAGCCAAGGAAAAACGAAAGAGUUGAUAGAUCCAACGGUGAAAGACACUCGAGACAUAAACGAAGCAAUUAGAUGCAUCCACGUGGGGAUGUUGUGUACACAAGACUCGGUUUUUUAUAGACCAAACAUGGCUUCGGUUUUGUUGAUGUUGGAGAGUCAAACCAGUCACCUUCCACGUCCGAGACAGCCUACCUUCCACUCGUUCUUGAACUCCGGCGAGAUCGUAGACGGUCAGGAUGUUGCCUCGGUCAAUGAUAUUACUUUGACCACAGUUGUUGGCAGAUGACAUUUGACCAAACUUAUUCUUCCACUGCUCUCUUUGACUUUUCAUUUUGUCUGAAAAUUCUCUUUCUUUCAGUUUUCAACUUUUUUUUUGUAGAUAAUUAAAACUUCGUCUAGAUAAACAUUUUAUAAUAUACAUUGUUGGAUUUGAACAUUGUCGAGAAAUAAAACAAAUCUGAUUGGAAAAAA